UUCCUUGACAAUAAUUUCACGAUUCUACCCUGACGGAUUGUCUGUUCUGCGAGUGAAAUGGAAGAGAGAGAGCAGAAGAUGGAGGAAAGGGUUCCUGCAAUGCAGUGGAAGGGUUUGACCAGCGACCUUAAAUAUGUGGAUUAAUUUAUCCAGGCAACAAAGCACCAAGAGAAGUUCCCCCCAAAUGCCAGCAGCCGCCCAUUCUUCCAUCCCUCCUCCAGGACCGCCCUCGCGGCCAGAGAGGAGAAAAUCUGGCGAAAAUAAGAAGAGUGAAAAAGAGAAACCGAACAACCAGUCGGUCUCUAAAGAAAGGACGAAGUCUCCUCUUUCAGCGCAUCAGUCACCGGAAUUUAUUGCUGGAAAUUAUGGGUCGCCUUCCGUGGGCGCAAGGAAUGCUUGGGGCUCUCCAACCCGCAGUCAGAACGAAACGGCAGCAGCAGCAGCAGCAACUAAACCUGACAGGGGCCCUUGGAACCGAGAUGCCCGAAACCGAAAAUCUUUCAGGUUUUCCGGGCACAUUACAGAUUCUGGCGCCGAUAGAAACGUUCUGCCACUUUGGUUAGAGGAAACGAGCGGUGCCAGGCAAAGUGGACAGAAUUUCAAUAGCAACAGAAGUGAAGUAGGUUCCAACGAUGCUUCUUUCGAGUCGAGGUGGGAUUCUCUGAAUGGUGGGAACAAAAAGCAAACGCAAGUGUUCACUGUCCGUCCGCCUGGAUGGGAGGACGUUGACCAACAUGUGAGGCCAAAGAGAAAAAAGCCAGUCAAGAAAAACCCAAGUUUUUGCCCAUCGUUUACAAUUAAUGACGCUUCAAAAUGCAGCUUAGAACCAAAGGCAUCUGCUGACAUCCGCCCCCUUUCUCCUCCUCGAACUGCUAGCGCAGAAGUUCCGCGCGUGACUACUAUUGGUCCUGUCAGCAACAACAACACGCAUGAUGCUUUCAACAUGACUGAGUUAUCUGCCAAUGUUGACAGUGUUACUAUGGGUUCUUUCUUGCAAGAAAAAGUGCAGUUUUCGAUGUCAAAUCUUGCUCCUCAUUCAGCUUCAAACUCCCCGACCCGGACCCCAUCACAGUCAUCAACCUCUGGAAUUACAGAUCGACAUCUUUGGGCUUCGACAGACAGCUUUAUAUGUGAAGACUUCUCAUUUUGCAAAGGCGUCCCACCAAAUAAACCUCAGGAAGAGAGACUAUCACAACAUUCUCCUCCAAGAUCCUUUUCUCAAGUGUUACUGCAUCCACAAAACAUGAAUGAACAACAUCUCACAGGUCAUGAUGAUUUGUAUGAGGAUUUAGAUGGGGAAUCUUCCUUUAAAACGUCUUUUGAUCGGAUAUGCCUGGAAACAGAGGGUGCAAGUUACAGUUCUAUACAUACUGCAAACUCUAACAACAAUGUAAUAGGUUUCGAAGCAUCGUGCCAUUUAGAUGCUGGAAACAUAACUGAAGGAGAUUCUAGUUUCUCGGCGGCAUCCAACUGCAUAGCAUCCCAAAUAGAGCCAACCUGCCAGGAGGUGUCUUGUUCUCCUUACGGGAUCAAAGAGGAUUCUACCCGUGACAACUGGAUCAGGUUUGAUUGUGAAUCUCUGAACAACUUAGCCGGAUCUUCUACUGGCGUUAGCUAUGACAGUGCUGGGAGCACAAUCUCUAAAACUGAUGACAUUGAUUUUGUGCACCAGUCAAAUUUUGAUAUGUACGACGGGAACCCAUCAGAGCCUGUCACUUCACCUACCUCACCUGUAUUGCAUAGACAUUUUAGUGGUAGUACGCUUAACCUUGUGGAACCCCGUUUGCACCAAACACCUGAGAUUUAUAAAGGCCAGCUAGUUAGACAUUAUUCAAUUAGAGGUAAGCGGGCUGGCAAACGAGUCACUAGAACUGUUAGUCAAAAAAUGAAACCACCUGAAUAUGGAAAGCUCACUGAACCUGUUGCCCCCCGGUUUUCGAAGGCUGCUCUUACUAUGGUUUCUGGCCCAGGGUUGUUUGAACAAAAUACUCUGCCAAUAGACAAAACAGUAGACACUGAGGAAGAUGCUCAAGUCGAAGAAACAGAGACAGAACAAAUACUAGAAUUGCCAACACUGACUGAGGGCAGUUCAGACUUUAAUCAAACAAACAACUCGACUCUCUCUCCCGGCUUGCCAAACAGAGCCGGAUCACUAAGGGUGCCGCGUCUACCAAGCAUAUUCUUGCGCCGAUCUGUAUCUCUCAAUGCGCCCAAAGUGAGCAGAGGUGAAGUGCCAUUCCAGCGAUUGCCCGAAAGGAAAGGCUCUUUCAGGAAGGCUAUGGGUGCAAUCGCUAGAAGUUUCCGACGAAGACCCGGAGAGAGAGUUCAGGCCAAUGAGCUGUCGAGUCACAUCGCAGAAAGGGCUUCUGGUAGCGCCAUUCCCCCGCGUUUACAUCGUAGUGGAAGCACAGGGUCUUCUUUCAGACAGACACCAAAGGCACCUAGGCUGCCUCGCAGAACCAUUAGCCACAAGCAGAUUUCGCCAAAUGAACCAAAAUGAAAGUCUGAUGACCUCGUGUAGUGUUGGUGCCAAUUUUAUUUUUAUUGUUACUGUUGCUGUUGGCAUUGCUUAAUUACCGUUAACAUCAGUUUUUUCUACAAACAUGGUCAUUCUUAUUAUUCUGAAAGCAAUGCACAUUUAUGAUGAACACUAUAUGAUCAUUCCAAAUCAAAAUUAGAUUAAAGGUAAAAUUAACUGCAAAACAAAAGUUGAUUAGCAUCACAAGGAAAAACGCAUGUUAGUGAUAAUUUAUGCACAGUAACUAGAGACCCCUUUUUAAGUAUCCCUGCUCGAAAAUAUAUGAAAUCGAAUUAGCAACAAAAAAAAGCGACCUGGGGACGAAUAUACCCACGCUCAUACGCGUGUAUGUAUUGAGAAGCCUUUGCAUUUUUUCGUCAUUCUAAAAUAUGUUAAAAAAAAAUCCACAUUUACAUUUUAACGUUACACUGAUGAGGAACACCGUUCAGGUAUUCGAAAGUCUUUGUUUUUUUACAUAGAAAUAUAUUUUGAUAUAUAAUUGUGGAUUUUUUAACAAUUUGUUUUUACGAGACUGAAUUUCUUAACAAGCAAAAUAUAUUUCCUCGGGUCACCUAACGCUGUGUUUUAAGUGUAUAUAUAUAUAUAUAUAUAUAUAU